AUGAAGUCUAAGACUUUCACUCCCGUUAAGAUGAAGUCUAAGACUCCUACUCUCGUUAAGAUAAAGUCUACGACUCCUACCUCCAAGUCCCCCACUACGCAAAAACUUAAGUCUUCUACCCCGGAUAAGUCCAAGACUGGCUCGGCUAAAACCAAAGCGAGCG